AUGAAUAAUAUCCGAUCAGACAAACACGAUGGUAACGGACAUGACGUGUACCAGACGUCGACAGUCGAUUCGCUUGCUGUAGAGCAGCCGCUCCACUGCCCGUCUACCAAGCGAGAUCUUAAAGCACGCCAUGCGCUCUUCAUUGCCUGGGGUGGCACUGUUGGGACUGGCCUCUUCAUCACCACUGGCAAGACUCUUGCGACUGGUGGACCAGCCUUCCUUGUCGGGAGCUACGUGUUCAUAUCGAUCUUGGUAUACUUCAUUCUUACGGGAGUCAUUGAGAUGGCCACGUUUCUUCCUGUCCGCGGAGGUUCGAUGAGUCGGUAUGGCCACCUCUUCGUGUCUAAGAGUCUCGGGUUCGCCAUGGGUUGGCUCUAUGUCUACUCUUUUGCCAUACUGGUUCCAUUUGAACUUACUGCAUGCGCUAUUCUCAUAGACUUUUGGCAACCGGGUAUCAAUAGCGCGGUUUGGAUCACCAUUCUGCUGGUCUUGUUGGUCAUCCUCAAUGUCCUUCCAGUACGAUUCUACGGCGAGGCUGAAUUUCUCUUCACUGGUGUGAAACUGGCCACUAUUAUUGGCCUUCUUUGUCUUUCGUUCAUAUUGUUCUGGGGAGGAGGUCCUGACCGCAACAGGCUCGGGUUCCACUACUGGAAAAAUCCCGGUGCGACAAAGACCUUGAUUCUGGAAGAGGACGCUGGCAGACUGGUUGCCGCUAUUGCGACUGUCAUCAGCAGCAUCCUACCCUUCAGCUUUACGCCCGAGAUGGUGGUUGGAACGGCGGCCGAGAUCAGAGACCCGAGCAAAAAUGUACCAAGAGUAGCGAAACAUUUCACCUGGCGUCUUGUUGUUCUUUUCGUCGGCAGCGCCAUCGGUAUCUCUGUCAUCUGCCCUUCAGAUGCUGCCACCCUCACUAGUGGAAGCGAUGCUGCAUCCUCACCCUGGGUUGCAGGUAUCAAGCAAGCUGGAAUAGUCAACUUGGACAGUAUCAUAAACGCGGUGGCGCUUGUGGCAGCCUGGUCAACAGGUAAUGCGUUCCUUUACCUCUCUAGUCGCUCUCUUCACUCCAUCGCUAUGGAGGGUCACGCCCCUCAAAUCUUUCAACGCUGCACUACAAAAGGAGUGCCCAUCUACGCUGUGGGGGCAACGUCAUGUGUCUCUCUCCUAGCGUAUAUGACACUUAACUCUUCCUCGGCGACCAUCCUGAACUGGCUGUUGAACUUGGUCAACACCGGCGGAUUUUUGUCCUGGGUCUGCUGCUCCAUCACAUAUAUUCGCUUUCGAAAAGCCUGUGAGGUUCAGGGAGUUCCAAAGUCAAAGCUUACACAGAGGUCCCCGCUACAGCCAUACACUUCGUGGAUUACGCUCCUUUUGUUCAGUAUCUUAUGUCUUUUGAACGGUUUCACUGUCUUUUUCCCGUCCGAAUGGUCCAUUGCUUCUUUCAUAUCGGCAUAUAUUGGAUUUCCGGCGUUUCUCGUCCUGUAUUUUGGUCACAGAUUCACUAAUUUUAAAGAACCGUGGGCCAUUCCGUCACAUCUUGUGAACCUACAGCUUGACCCAGCGGAAUUGGACAAUAAUUGA